AUGCUGGAGGUACAGUGUCCCGAGGUGUCCAGGCCACGGCAAGCAAUUAACGUGUCGGUAGUGAAGAGAGCUCGCACUUCAGUGCAUCAAGCACCGCGCAAAAGUGUACGCCUGGCGAAGUACGAACAGAAGCAAGCCUCGCGCCAGGCUGAUCGACGGAAGAGGGGUCACCACGACUUACGUAGCGGCGUCCACAGAGGAGAACAACGACAGAAGCCAGUCUUUUUGGCGCGAUCGAGAAGACAGAACAUCCCAGCCGCAUGCGACUCGAUACACGAAGAGCAUCCAAUUGCAUAUUGGGCGGCAAACGACGAGUGGCCCCCACAGUAUUUCGAAGAGGAUAGAGACAUGGAGAACAUACUUGCCCGUAAAAGAUCAGUUUCAUCCAUGAGCAGGCAAAACUCAGACACGGACUCUGCGACGCCGAGCUCGACUGGGCAGGGUGAGCAGAAAUCAAGGGAGCAGAAGAGCGCCGAGUACAAGAAACCACAGUAUGCAACAGUCCUUGCAACCAAGGGAGUAUUUUUAAAGUCAUCUCCUUCAGGCGUGACGAAGGCAAGCCAGGAGUGUUGUAAGACCAUGCUGGACCAAGAACAGAAAUAUCCUCCGCAUACCAUGUUUCGAGAUGAUCUUUUCGAUGCUACAUGCGAAAGUGUACAAGACAAGAAUGAGACAAGAGUAAUACGCGACAUCGCGCUACUAAUCGUCCCAUCUGCCGAAGUCUUGGCGAUACGCGGCGCAACACACCUGCAAGGGCUGGUCGAUAGUGUCAACGAAGGCUGGAACAAUUCCAUCCCACUUACAAAGACACGACCGCAGCCGGACUUUGCAGUGGGCUUUCAUCGAGAUGCAUUCUCGCAAGAGCGACUUGACCGGAUGCACCCGAUUGUUGGAGACUUCAACGACCAGUCAUACUUCAUGGCAACAUGGUAUAUGUACUUUCCCUUCCUGACCUGCGAAGUGAAAUGCGGCGCUGCGGCCCUUGAUGUUGCCGACCGUCAGAAUGCUCACAGCAUGGCUAUUGCGGUGCGAGCGGUAGUGGAGCUUUUCCGGGCAGUCAAGCGCGAGAAGGAGCUACACCGAGAAAUUCUCGCUUACUCCAUCUCGCAUGACCAUCGGAGUGUCAGGAUCUACGGGUAUUAUGCUGAAAUUGACGAGUCAUCAACGAAAUAUUAUCGCCAUUCAAUACGCACCUUCGAUUUCACAGAACUCCACGGCAAAGAGAAAUGGACGGCAUACCAAUUCACGAAGAAUGUUUACGAUAGAUGGAUGCCUGAGCACUUCAAGCGGAUUUGUUCAGCUAUCGAUCAGAUCCCUGCCAACAUAAGCUUCUCUGUCUCGCAGUCCGAGUCCAACCACCCUGGGCAAACAUCUGGCUUGUCGCAAGAUUUAGGCGCGCAUAGCAUUGUUGCCUCCAGCGCAGGCUCCGCGUCAAUACAAGCUCAGGGUGACUCACAAUCGAGCACCGACCAAGACCUCAUCGCCACUCCAAGUGCCUCAUUAACAGGCAGAGAGUUCAAGAAGCCAAAGAGGGGCAGUGCUCAGCGAGGGCGAGAAUAA